GCUUCUCUCGUCGUUUCACUGGAAAUUCCAUUUCCUUUCCCUUUCCGACUAUAAAUAUCGGAACCAUCAUUCUUCGUCCAUCAUUCUUUCUCCUUUUUCUCUCUCUCUCUCUCUGUUUCGUCUGUAGAUCUCUUUCUCUCUCCUCCCUAACUCAUAGAAGUUGCAGAGAUUUCCUUCGCUGCUCCAGAUCUCGAAGCGAUUCGGAUCCCUCGCGAGGGUUCGAAACGCUCUCCGUAGCCCUUUCGGCUUUUUCUGUCGCGCGAAUUCGCGGUUCGAUCUCACCUCUAGAUCCGAGCAACCAUGGCGGCGGCUAGCGCUCCAAUCGCCAUGAGGGAGGCCCUAACGCUUCCGAGCAUUGGGAUUAGUCCACAAUUCAUCACAUUUACGCAUGUCACGAUGGAAUCGGAUAAAUACAUAUGCGUGCGGGAAACGGCGCCUCAGAAUAGUAUUGUUAUUGUUGAUAUGAAUUUGCCAAAUCAACCUUUGAGGAGGCCUAUUACUGCGGACUCUGCACUAAUGAAUCCGAAUUCAAAAGUUCUUGCACUGAAAGCUCAAGUCCAGGGGACUAAUCAGGAUCACCUACAAAUCUUUAACAUUGAGUUGAAAACAAAAUUGAAAUCACAUCUAAUGCCUGAGCAGGUGGUGUUUUGGAAAUGGAUUACCCCAAAGCUGUUGGGUCUGGUCACCCAGACCUCAGUAUAUCAUUGGUCAAUUGAAGGUGAGAGUGAACCUGUGAAGAUGUUUGAAAGAACUGCUAAUCUGGCGAACAAUCAAAUAAUAAACUAUCGGUGUGAUCCUUCUGAGAAGUGGUUGGUUUUGAUUGGAAUUGCUCCUGGUGCGCCUGAGCGGCCACAAUUGGUGAAAGGGAAUAUGCAACUCUUCUCGGUAGAUCAACAGCGUAGUCAAGCUCUGGAAGCACAUGCUGCUGCGUUUGCCCAAUUCAAAGUUCCAGGAAAUGAGAAUCCUUCUACUCUUAUUUCCUUUGCAACAAAGACUCUUAAUGCUGGGCAGAUUACAUCAAAGCUACAUAUCAUCGAGCUUGGUGCACAACCAGGAAAGCCGUCUUUUACGAAGAAACAAGCAGAUCUUUUCUUUCCUCCAGAUUUUGCUGAUGAUUUUCCUGUUGCGAUGCAGAUCUCGCACAAGUACAGUUUGAUUUAUGUAAUCACCAAGCUUGGACUGCUAUUUGUUUAUGAUUUGGAGACGGCUACUGCAGUUUACAGAAAUAGAAUUAGUCCAGAUCCAAUCUUUUUGACAGCGGAGGCUUCAUCUCUUGGAGGCUUUUAUGCAAUCAAUAGGAGGGGUCAGGUGUUAUUGGCUACAGUUAAUGAACAAACAAUCGUCCCUUUUGUCAGUGGUCAGUUGAACAAUUUGGAGCUUGCUGUCAAUCUUGCCAAAAGAGGAAACCUUCCUGGUGCUGAGAAUCUGGUUGUCCAACGAUUCCAAGAACUGUUUGCUCAGACAAAGUAUAAAGAAGCUGCUGAGCUUGCUGCUGAGUCACCACAAGGAAUCCUCCGUACCCCUGAUACCGUUGCCAAAUUUCAGAGUGUUCCUGUGCAAACUGGGCAAACACCGCCUCUGCUGCAGUACUUUGGGACACUCUUGACAAGAGGAAAACUGAAUGCUUUUGAGUCCUUGGAGCUAUCGCGUCUUGUAGUGAACCAGAACAAGAAGAAUUUGUUAGAAAAUUGGUUGGCAGAAGACAAACUGGAAUGCAGUGAGGAACUAGGAGAUCUUGUGAAGACUGUUGACAAUGACCUUGCUUUGAAAAUAUAUAUCAAAGCCAGAGCAACUCCAAAAGUCGUAGCAGCUUUUGCUGAACGAAGGGAGUUUGACAAAAUUCUAAUCUACUCGAAGCAGGUUGGAUACACGCCGGACUAUCUGUUCCUUUUGCAAACAAUUCUUCGUACAGAUCCUCAGGGUGCUGUUAAUUUUGCAUUAAUGAUGUCUCAAAUGGAGGGAGGUUGCCCGGUUGAUUACAACACCAUAACAGAUCUAUUUCUUCAGAGGAACUUGAUCCGCGAGGCAACAGCCUUUCUAUUGGAUGUCUUGAAGCCAAAUCUACCAGAACAUGGUUUCCUGCAAACAAAGGUUCUUGAAAUCAAUUUGGUAACUUUUCCAAAUGUAGCUGAUGCAAUUUUAGCGAAUGGAAUGUUCAGCCACUAUGAUCGCCCUCGAAUUGCCCAACUUUGUGAAAAAGCUGGUCUUUACGUGCGAGCACUGCAACAUUACACGGAGUUGCCAGAUAUUAAACGAGUUAUUGUGAAUACACAUGCAAUUGAGCCACAAUCCCUUGUAGAAUUUUUCGGAACUCUUUCACGAGAAUGGGCAUUGGAGUGCAUGAAGGACCUUUUAUUGGUCAAUUUAAGAGGCAACCUUCAGAUAAUUGUGCAGGUUGCUAAGGAAUAUUGUGAGCAGUUGGGUAUUGAUGCGUGCAUAAAGAUUUUUGAGCAGUUUAAGUCUUAUGAAGGCCUGUACUUUUUCUUAGGAUCGUAUUUGAGCUCAAGUGAGGAUCCUGAUAUCCACUUCAAGUACAUUGAAGCGGCUGCUAGAACUGGUCAAAUCAAAGAGGUUGAACGUGUUACAAGGGAAUCGAAUUUCUAUGACCCUGAGAAAACAAAGAACUUUUUGAUGGAAGCUAAGCUCCCAGAUGCGCGUCCACUGAUCAAUGUCUGCGAUCGCUUUGGAUUUGUUCCAGAUCUCACACAUUACUUGUACUCAAACAACAUGCUUCGCUACAUUGAAGGUUAUGUUCAAAAGGUGAACCCUGGAAAUGCACCUUUAGUUGUGGGGCAGCUGCUAGAUGAUGAGUGUCCUGAAGAUUUUAUCAAAGGUUUGAUUCUCUCUGUCCGUUCAUUGCUUCCGGUAGAGCCCCUUGUGGAAGAAUGUGAGAAAAGGAAUCGACUUCGCUUGCUCACACAGUUCCUGGAGCAUCUUGUGAGUGAGGGAAGCCAAGAUGUACAUGUCCAUAAUGCUCUAGGGAAAAUCAUUAUUGAUAGCAACAACAACCCAGAGCACUUCCUUACCACCAACCCAUACUAUGAUUCUCGUGUUGUGGGUAAAUAUUGUGAGAAACGUGAUCCUACCUUGGCUGUUGUUGCUUACCGGAGAGGACAGUGUGAUGAAGAACUCAUCAAUGUGACAAAUAAAAAUUCAUUGUUCAAAUUGCAAGCAAGAUACGUGGUUGAAAGGAUGGAUGGCGAUUUGUGGGAGAAAGUUCUUAACCCUGAGAAUGGCUAUAGAAGACAGCUUAUUGAUCAAGUUGUGUCUACAGCUUUGCCUGAAAGCAAGAGCCCCGAGCAAGUUUCUGCAGCUGUUAAGGCUUUCAUGACUGCUGACUUGCCCCAUGAAUUAAUUGAGCUUCUUGAGAAGAUUGUGCUUCAGAACUCUGCUUUCAGUGGGAACUUCAAUCUGCAAAACUUGCUUAUAUUGACAGCCAUUAAGGCAGAUCCAUCUAGAGUUAUGGAUUAUAUCAAUAGACUGGAUAAUUUUGAUGGACCUGCAGUUGGAGAAGUAGCUGUGGAAGCUCAACUGUAUGAAGAAGCAUUUGCAAUUUUCAAGAAGUUUAACUUGAAUGUUCAGGCUGUCAAUGUCUUGUUGGACAACAUUCGAAGCGUUGAACGAGCUGUGGAGUUUGCAUUCCGUGUUGAAGAAGAUGCUGUUUGGAGCCAGGUGGCAAAGGCUCAACUCAGGGAAGGACUAGUGAGCGAUGCGAUUGAGUCAUUUAUUCGUGCUGAUGAUGCUACUCAAUUCCUGGAUGUUAUUCGUGCUGCUGAGGAUGCUAAUGUCUACCAUGACUUGGUGAGGUACCUUCUGAUGGUUAGGCAGAAGGCAAAAGAGCCAAAGGUGGACAGUGAGCUUAUUUAUGCAUAUGCAAAGAUUGAUAGGCUGGCCGACAUUGAAGAGUUCAUUCUUAUGCCAAACGUAGCUAAUCUCCAGAAUGUGGGUGAUCGCUUGUAUGAUGAAGCCCUAUAUGAGGCAGCAAAAAUAAUAUUUGCCUUUAUAUCUAACUGGGCCAAGUUGGCCAGCACACUUGUGAAGUUAAAACAGUUCCAAGGUGCUGUUGAUGCUGCAAGGAAAGCCAACAGUGCUAAGACAUGGAAGGAAGUCUGCUUUGCUUGUGUUGAUGCAGAGGAGUUCCGCUUAGCUCAGAUUUGUGGGCUCAACAUCAUUGUUCAGGUUGAUGACUUGGAAGAGGUCAGUGAAUAUUACCAGAACAGGGGAUGCUUCAAUGAGCUUAUAUCUCUCAUGGAGAGUGGUCUAGGGUUGGAACGUGCACAUAUGGGCAUCUUUACAGAGUUGGGAGUUCUGUAUGCUAGAUAUCGUCCGGAGAAGCUUAUGGAGCAUAUCAAAUUGUUCUCAACUCGUCUCAAUAUUCCCAAGCUUAUACGAGCUUGUGAUGAACAACAACACUGGAAGGAGCUUACCUAUUUGUACAUCCAAUAUGACGAGUUUGACAAUGCUGCCACUACCAUCAUGAAUCAUUCUCCUGAAGCAUGGGAUCACAUGCAGUUCAAAGAUGUGGCAGUCAAAGUUGCAAAUGUGGAGCUGUAUUAUAAGGCUGUGCACUUCUACUUGCAAGAACAUCCAGACCUUAUUAAUGAUCUUCUCAAUGUGCUUGCACUUCGUGUGGACCAUACCCGUGUUGUUGACAUUAUGCGGAAGGCUGGGCAUCUGCGCCUUGUGAAGCCAUACAUGGUUGCAGUUCAGAGCAACAAUGUGUCAGCUGUAAAUGAGGCUUUGAAUGAGAUAUAUGUUGAGGAGGAAGACUAUGAUAGGCUGCGUGAAUCAAUUGAUAUGCAUGAUAACUUCGACCAAAUAGGCCUUGCCCAGAAGAUCGAGAAACAUGAACUUCUUGAAAUGAGACGUGUUGCUGCUUAUAUAUACAAAAAGGCUGGCCGAUGGAAGCAGUCUAUUGCAUUAUCAAAGAAGGACAACCUUUACAAAGAUGCUAUGGAGACAGCCUCACAGUCCGGUGAUCGUGAACUUGCUGAGGAAUUGCUUGUUUAUUUCAUUGAGCAGGGAAAGAAGGAGUGCUUUGCAUCAUGUCUCUUUGUUUGCUAUGACUUGAUUCGGGUGGAUGUUGCCCUUGAGCUUGCCUGGAUGAACAACAUGAUUGACUUUGCUUUUCCGUAUCUGUUACAGUUUAUCCGUGAAUACACAGGCAAAGUUGAUGAACUUGUGAAGGACAAAAUUGAAGCUCAGAUUGAGGUUAAGGCUAAAGAAAAGGAAGAGAAGGACGUCAUUGCACAGCAGAACAUGUAUGCUCAGUUAUUACCUCUUGCUUUGCCUGCGCCACCAAUGCCGGGAAUGGGUGGAGGUUUUGCACCACCGCCUCCUAUGGGCGGAAUGGGGAUGCCACCAAUGCCACCCUUUGGCAUGCCACCAAUGGGUAGCAGCUACUGAGAUAUGUGGCAGGAUAUUCAUUUUGCAGAUCCACUUUGAAGCCUUGUUUCUAGGUGUUAGAGCAACCUAGGAGAUACUUCUAAUUUAAUUUUGUGCCAUUUCUGUUGUUCUUUAUUUCCAUGGGUUGAAAGGUGCAGUCCAAUAAUUCUUUUUUGUUUGCCAUAGGGGUGUGUUGAUAUGUUAUGUAAUAUUCUUUUGGUAGGAGAGGCAUUUUUUUUUUUGGCUGCUGGUGAGAGCUAGCUUUGGGAUUUUCUCCACUGUACUAUUUUAUCCUCUUUUCAGAACUAUCGGAGUAUAAUUUGAAACACAACAUGCUGAUUGCAUUGUUGUGGUUUGCCUCCACAGUUCAUAUAAUUUACACACUGCAUGAUUGCUUUCUAUA